AUAUAAGACAUCCGGAUCACAAUUUUACAGAUGGCGACUGUAGAAGCAGUGCCGAUCGAGCCGAAAGGCGAGCAUAUAACGGCAUAUAUGAUGGCCUCCUCUCUUAAAGCUGCCGUGGGGCCAUUUUCUCUCCUUCCUCGCUCCAAACAACGUUCGUCUCUCCGUUACUGGACUUUUCUCAACCCUUUUCCAUUUAAAUUCGUGUUUAUCGACAAAACUGACAACUUAUUGACGUCAUCUACGACAGAAUCCGUUUUUUUUAAACCAGAUUUGGGAAUGGUUGACGUGAUGUACACGACGAAAAAGGUUCUGUGCAGGGUCUGUGCCCAAACCGAAUUCAGUGUCCCGAUUUUCAGCUUUCUGGGGGAACAGUUACAGCUUCUCCAUCAAAUUAGCUUCUGCCUCGGAAUCCGAGUUCUGGAAAAUGAUAAUUUGCCGAAACACAUAUGCUACAUUUGCUUGGGAAAGCUCACAUCGUUUUUCCAAUUUAAACAAAUGUCUGUUAACGCUCAAAGCCAAAUCCCUCAUCUCAUGUGCGAACUACCUGAAUCAGUCACUAUAACCCCAGUUAAGAAUGGUGAAGUUGGAUCGACAGCUAAUGCAACACGCAGUUCUUUACAAAAUGGUGUAUCUAACAAGGAUGAGUCAGACAGCAGUGGUUUAAACCUAAUGAUUCAAAAUGUUCAAUCCCUCGCGCAUACUCCAAGGACACCGGGUGAAAUCUCUACUACCCCAUCGGCACCUGAAAAACGAAAAAACCUCGAUCUCACACCCGAGGAAAAGGCUGCGAGAAAAAAGGAAAGAAAAACGGUAUGUAUGGAAUGUGGCCUGUGGAUGCCAAGGUACGAGAUAGCAGAGCAUGAAGAAAAGGUCCAUUUCAAAAGAGACUAUUUCUGCCUGAGAUGCGAGAAAGACUUUGUGGCACAGCCACAAUGGGCAAAACACGUAGAAGAGGUUCAUUCAGAGGCAACUUAAAAAAGAUAUUUCUACUUUGCCAUCAUUUGGGUCAUUGAAGAAUUCUGAAUGCUUGAAGAAUGAAGAAUCGGUCCAUCUAGACUGUGUUUAUUUCACAUUCUUCUUAAAUGAAUUCCUGUACAUAAAUAUAUUAUAUCUAUUAUGUAGUUCCUGUCGUUAAAAAAUUGUCAAAUUUUUUAUAUAUUGUGUAUAAGAGUUGUGAAAAUAUUUUUCUUUUUUACAAUUGGGAUUCUAUUUCAGGAAGAAAAACGCGUUUAUAAGUAUUCUUUUUUGGCCAAUCUGUGAUAUCGCAAACUCUAUUCCCAUGCUGAAAAAAUAAUUUUAAUUCCGUGAAAAAUUUUAAUUUGAUCUCGUUUUUUAUUGUACAAAAUUAUUAGCACUGAGCGAAGUUAAUUGUGCCUACCUUGAGCAUUCACGCAAAGUAUUUACUUGGAAUAGAAAUGCUAAUGACUAUAAGACAUUUCAAUAAAAUACAACCAUGCACUUAACUUCUUGUAAUUGUAAUUUAUUUUUUUUUCAUGUCUUUUAGUUUAAAUUUAAUCCUAUUGUUAAGAAUUACGUCGUUGAUGCCUUUGUUCUAUCCCCCUGUACAUUUUAUUAAAAGUGCAUUAUGAUAAAAUGUUACUAUUGGCAGAGAUGCUAUAGGUGUAACUGAAUCCCAUGUUAUUUUAAUAAAUUAUUUUUUAUUGUCACUUGUAUUUACAGCUUGAAGUUGUUGCAAAUUUAAUUUUUGCAAUAUUCGCAAAGAGCCAUUAUUUACAGUAUCAUUUACAAAAAUAGCCAUAAUACUGUUCAAAAGUUAAAUUUAUUGUUUUAAUAAACAAAUUGUAUUUACACUUGAAUAUACAAAUUGUACAUAAUUUUUCUACAAUAAUAUACAAAUACAAAAAAAA